UGUGUUUUGUUUUCCUUUUUCAACGUCGUCCAUCCGCAGCCAGACAUCGCAAAUUCCGAAGGUGCAAAGAACAUUAUUCGCUUAUCACUGCAAUUAGUGAUAAGAACUCGGCCCCGUUACGUCGUCAUUGUUGAGCUACUGAUUGCUGCCAUUUGUGCGAUUGCAUAUCUUUGGUGUGUGGGACGUUCCGUCCGAGCAGCAGCAGCAUGGACACAGCAGCAGCUCGGACGCAAGGCGAUGGCAUGGAACACGACGCACUGACCUCGACGACGACGACCCAACCGCAGCAGCAGCAACGUCCCCUGAAUCUUCCCAUCAACUUUGACCUGGAACGCCUGCUACCUCACUCCGGAUCGAAUCCGGUGUACCGUCCAACGGAGCUGGUCACCACGACGGGCGGUGCCUCGCUGCGGCCAACCGUGCCCAAAGGGAAGAUCUUCGCGCUGGUUCCGAAGCUGGUGCAAACACACCGCACGGGUGGCCUCAAAAAUCGCGAGCCGCGCUUCGUCCCGUUCGAGCCGUACAAGGGCGCCGUCAAUCCGAUUAUUCCGUUUAAAAACAACGAAAACCGGGUCAAGGUCGGACCGGAUCGGAACAACCUGGACCUGAACGUGCUCGUUUCGCAAAUGUCCACCAUGACGAGCAAGGAGCUGCUGAAGGGCGAGGUCGUGGCCAAGCAGGAGUUUGACAACGAGAAGCAAAAGUACGAAAAGCAAAUCGAAGAUUUGCGCAAGGAACGCGACUACUUCCAGAGUCAGCUCAAGUUUCAAGCGCAGGUCAAUUCGGAACUCAAAAAUCUACUCGUCGCCGCCGUCGGCGAAGAUUUGCAAACCAAGGUGAACGUCCUAACCGAGGACAAGCUGCACCUGGCGCGAAAGUUGCUCAAUUCCGCCGAAAAUCUCUCCUCAGACCGUGAACAGAUCGAAUUUCUCGCCGGUCAAAGCGAAGUCUGGCGCAGCAAGUUCCUCGCCAGCAGCCUCAUGGUCGAAGAGCUCGCCCGGUGGAAAACGAGCCUCCUCCAGAAGAACGCCCUUCUCCUCUCCUCCAACAAGGAAAUGCUCGAGCUGACCGCCAAAGCGCGCGAACUCCAGAUCGACAUCCUCAAAAACCUCAAGUUCCUCUCGAACCAAAAAGACCUCACCCUUCCUUCCGCCAAUCUGCUCGACCUUACCGCCGAAAGUGUCAACAUCUCGCAGCGGCUCGUGCUCGCCCACUCGGCGCUCGGCAUGCCGGAACCGCUGGAACUCACCGGCCUCGAUCCAAGCUGCGAGGGCGAAAAGAUGGCCGUCCGCGCGCUGCAGCACUCGAACGAACCGCUCAUGAGCACCGACGAUGCGUUCCGUGCCAUCGUCGGCCAGGCGUUUCCGUCGAUCGCCCAGAUGAGGCAGCACGCGGCCGAGCAGGGGGAUUUUGAGCUGGUCGAGAAGCCGGUGGCAGCUGAGUGAUUGUUUUGUUUUUAUUGAGGCGUGACCGGAAGCAACGUUUUUGGCAAUAUACACACUAACAUAAAGGAAAAUCAAAAAUUUAAAAAUAUGCAUUUUUGCGUGGAACGGAAUUAAAAUGCUUUUAACACACUGUGCAGAUUGCAGUUCAAUCAUUUAUCAAUGCUAGACGUUAAGGACAUAAUAAAUCAUAAGUUUUAUUCAAUA